UUUUUUUUUUUAUCCCAUCCUGAGCUGCAUCAGAGCUCAAACGAGCUAAUCGUUUCUACAUCAACCAUGACAACAGGAGAAGGGUAAAAAAUUCACAGGACGAACUCAGGGCUGGGGCAUGUGCUGAUGCCAUGCAGAGGAGACACAGCAGCAACACGGAUGGCAUGCCCUCUGAAAGGAGCCGAAGCCAAACUCUGGGGUCCGAGAGCAGCCUGGAUGAAGGUGGCGUGUUUGACUGCCUGAAGCCCGACUCGUCCGCCUCCCCCCAGCAGAUCUUCUCAGGCCUGGUGGGCGUCCCCUCCAGCGCCGUCUCCAGCGCCCAGUUCCAGGCAGCAGGCCUCGUCCUGGGCUCUCCCCCUGAGGUUUUUAUCCAGAUGACGGCAUCAUCCCGAGAAGAAGGGGGCUCCCAUCACACAGAGGGUGGACCUUUCCUCCCGCGGCCGCCCCCGCACCACCACCAUCACCACCACCACUUCCACCACCAGCCCCUGCAGCACCGGACCUCGUCGCUGCUGCAGCAGGCCACCACGGGGGCCGGCUCCGAGAGGCACGGCUCCAGGGAGGAGGCCCAGGACGACCAGUCCACCCCGGCCCCGGCCCUGUCUGAGCUGAAGGCGGUGGUCACCUGGCUUCAGCGAGGCUUUCCCUUCAUCCUCAUCCUGCUGGCCAAAGUCUGCUUCCAGCAUAAACUAGGUAUUGCGGUGUGCGUUGGGAUGGCCAGCACAUUUGCCUAUGCCAAUUCCACUUUUAGACACCAAGUGGCAUUACGGGGGGACCGUUCUGUUUUCGUCGCCCUGUGGAUCAUCUUGUUCCUUGGAGGGAACAUUGUGUAUAUAUACUACGCAUUUAGUCAUGAGGAGUUGCAUAACAGCCUCAUGUUUGCGAAGCCAAAUCUCAACAGCUUUGACUUCUUUGACUUGAUCUGGGCCGUGGGAAUCAACGACUUCGUACUUAAGUACGUCACCAUCGGCCUGAAGUGCUUCGUCCUCUUCAUGCCCAAGAUCCUGCUGGCCUUCAGAUCCAGGGGUAAGGUGUACCUGCUGAUGGAGGAGCUGAGCCAGCUGUUCCGAGCCCUGGUGCCCAUCCAGCUGUGGUACAAGUACAUCAUGGGGGAGGAACCCUCCAACGGUUACUUCCUGGGAGCCGCUCUCAUCAUCAUCUACAGCCUCUGCAAGUCCUUCGACAUCUGUGGCCGAGUGUCUGCCAUACGCAAGGCCCUGGUCAUGCUCUGCAGCUCCCAGAGCUACGGCAUGAGGGCCGGCAGCCAGCAGUGCAGCGAGGCAGGGGACGUCUGCGCCAUUUGUCAGGCUGACUUCAGAGACCCCGUGGCCCUCCUCUGUCAGCACGUGUUCUGCGAGGACUGCUUGUGUUUGUGGUUCGACCGCGAGAGGACGUGUCCGCUGUGCCGCUCCACCGUGGUGGAGACCCUGCGUUGCUGGAAGGACGGCACCACCUCGGCCCACUUCCAGAUCUACUGAGCCGCUGCAGGACGCGUGCAGACGCAAGCGUGACUACGCUGGGAUGCAGCUAUGACAUUAAUGCUGUAAUUAUUUAAAUCUGGUUAAGCUUUCCUGCACUAACAUACGACAUGAGGGAGACUCCAGCAUCGGUAUUUGUAUUACCGGAUGGUGGUACACAAACCUGCAUAAUUGGCGUGGUGUCAUUUAAAGCAUAAAACUGUUUUACACUUUUUACGUAAAUGUUUCUUUGAUUAUUGUGAUGGUGAUGACGAAGACACAACAUUCACUUUUUAUUAGUUGUAUAUCCGGCUCACUUCGUAUUUAUGAUUUUGUCACAUCGUCUGUAUAUUCUGUGCUGUACAGUUGAUAUUUUUAAUUACUUUCACCAUGUAAAUGAAAUAAAUUGUCAAUGAUUGUCAGCAGGAAUAACGUGCCAGCUUUUGUACUGUUCAUGCUUGGUAAAAAAUAUUGAAU